AUGGUUACCGGUAUGGCCAGUGUCAAGUUGGUCGGCGGCCAGGGAUACAAUUACGCCCACGGAUUUCCACAUAGUCAUCGCUUCGUCUGUGCUACUGGUCCACCCCGUAAGACCAUGACCUUGGAAGACAGUCUACCUCAAAGAUCCACAAGUGCUGACUACGACCCUGGUAGCGACUCCACCAGGGAUAUGUCAUCUCCCCCGUCGCCAACAGAGUCCGAGGGUCAUGACCCAAACCGACUAGCCGAGACGCCCACGAAAAAGAACAAACGAAAACUCAGCGAACCCAAAAAGAGAGCAGACAUCGUACCUAAAAAAUCUGGUGAGUCAAGUCCAGCCGACUUGCACGAGAGCAAAACUCAAGGAAUUCGCGACGCAAAAAAGUUGCCUAAUGGACACAGUAAGCGAGCUGGGAAAUCCAGAGGCAAACAUCAAAGUAAUGGAAGCAAAAGAGAUACAUCAUCGUCCUCCUCUUCUGUUAGCACCAAUGACAGCGAAGGCAACAAAGACGGUCAGUUUAUGUCGCUGACAAACGUGAUGCCUCCGAACUUUCUGUCCCCAGUGUUUGGCGGAGUACAUCCCCCAGCGUUUGCUUAUGUCCCGGGCAUAUAUCUGGCCGGCAGAACGUUUUCCCGCCCUGAAUUUCAACCUCCGUUCCCAUCCAUUCCUUUUAGUUUACAACAUAACUACAUCACGGCUGCCGUUGCAGCAGCAUCACCAUCGUCGCCCCCAGCAACACUGGCAGCAUCCACAGCAACAUCGUCCAUGUACUCACUGACAGCGGGUAAACAUGCAAGCUCAACGUUAGAUACAUCUCUCUCAGUGACGCCCCAGUCGGAGCAGGUGUCACUGCAUGCACAAAGUAGCCAAGCCGUCCAUUUGUCUCUGCCCUCCUCCAUUCCCCCGCCGAAUGCUUAUUCUAUGUUCAACCUCCAUCCGUCCAGCCUCCCUCGUCCCUGCAGCUCAAGGACUGUGAACAACGACGACGAUGAAGCGUCGUCGUCGCGAGCCCAGUCGCCGGAAGAUUUGAGCGUCGGCGGCAGACUCUCUCGGAAACAUCGUAAGAACUACAAGAACAUGACGAGGGAGCGGCGAGUGGAGGCUAACGCCAGAGAAAGGACCCGGGUACACACUAUCAGCGCCGCCUUUGACGCACUACGGCGAGCCGUGCCGUCUUACUCACACAAUCAAAAGCUGUCCAAACUGGCAAUAUUGAGAAUUGCCAGUAGUUAUAUCCUAGCCUUGGCUCGGCUGAACGACGAGGACUAUACCCCAGCCACGGAACACAUCAGGAAGCCACUGACAUUUGCCGAGUGUGUGGAUCUGUGCACCAACACCAUCCAGACGGAGGGUCGCGCCAGAAGAAGACACUGA